AUGAUGUGUACCUACCAACGAUCCAGCCAUCCCGUCAUUCAUCGGGUCAUUCCUUCAUUCGCAGCAACAAAAAACAGCAGCGAUCCUGUACGGUCUGUAAACGACUGCAUUUGGCGUGUGUGCAGGAGAGGACGUUCACUCCUUCACAGGGUGCCUACACAUACGUACGGUGUGGUCCGAUCGCUUCGGAAGGCGUCCUUCAUCAUCGCAUUCGCACACGGUACGUAUUGCUCAUGAGGGAGGGGAAUCUCAUACGUACUGCUCAUUUGGAGGUGUGCACUGUGUGUAUGUGUGCACGUGUGCAGGCGUUCGUCACGCGAGGAGGCGUUGGUUCGAUGUACAAAACGUUCUGCGCAGGUGGGGGGCACAGAUGCGUCACUGUGCAUUGGACGUCAUUCCAUGUGUAUAUGCAUGCAUAUGCGCAGGUGCGAGGCGGCGAUGUGUGCCAUGUAUACGUGUGAAGCGUUCCGUCGUGAUCAUUGAUCGUUCAGGUACGUGCACACACCUAUCGGAUGCCGUACGAUCAAUCUGCACAUACCCCAUGCAUACUUGUUGCUUGUUCUGCAGGUCUUCCCAUGCGUGUGUGUGUCGGCAUGAUGGGGGCCAUCUGCGCGUAGGAGUGGGUGUGGGAGGAGGGGGAGGCGACGCCCCAUGCGCGUUUCGACCCCGUCUGUGUGUGUGGACACAGGUUCAAACCUCUCAGUGUGACGUGA